CCCAGUUCUCAGGAGUAAGAAGAGUUGGCACCGGCCAGAAGGUAAGAGGUUGGGCAAAGUUUUCUUUCUCCAGUAAUUUUCCAUGAUCCCUUAGGCCCUCCAAAGGUGUAGAACGUGGGGUUUUCAAAACUCAACUUCUCCCGCCCCCACCGGGUUCAGAUGAAGGCCCAUCUUCUAAACCCCCGCCUCAAGGUGAUACAAAGCUUUCGGAUAAACUGCCUCCAGACUUGCUUGAAUUGAGCAGCAGAAACCCAGCCUGGGCCCCUCUUCACCUCCCCCAAACGCUGCGUCACAAGCCCCCUGCAAAUGUUCACCUGGAGCCUGGUUCCGGACAGAACCCGGCCUUGCACACAGGGAGGACGAUUUCGACCCCAAUUGGCUGUUGCCCUGGGUGACCAAGAACGCGGUGGGCACGCGGGAGACCACAGCCAGUAUUUAAAGGCUGCCGCUGCCCUCGCCACCACAGUCCUGCCAGGACGGCGACAGUGAAGCACCUGGGUUGAGAGGGAGCAAGAGGUAACUGUGCAACCCCUGCCUCCCCCGGCCCCAGCCCGUGCCUCAGCAGAGCCGGGUGUGGCGGGGACCCGGGAGUGGGUCUCACUGCGUGUCGCCUGCCAACACCUUCCUCCCCCACCAUCCUUACCCAGCCCCAGUCCCACCCAGCACACCUGGGCGAGACAACCCAGGUGCGAAGGACAAGCGAUUACUACCGAAGAGCGUGCAAACCAGGAAGAGAGCAGCCUCCUGGAGAGGAAAACGUGAUCCCAGGGGUAGACACGUGGCGCUGCGUGGAGAGACAGGUUGACGAGACGAGGCUCUUCUGACCGUCCUAUCUGGCAAAACUUGACGACAGCUUCAGGUCGCUACCAUCUGGACCUCUCGGAGCUCCCUGAACCAUGACUCAGACCCUCGACACAAGGGAAGACCCUCUGAACCUGGGCGGCGGCGGCGGCUGUGGCUGUGGCUGGGCACACUCGGCCUCCUUGAGCUCCUGGUCGUCCUGCCAUCGAAGGCGCCCAGGUGCUCCAGUGUACAAUAGGCCGCACCGAUAUAGCCCCAAGACCGAGUAUGGGCCCACAAGGAAGCAGCCGAAGCAACAGCACGGCCCGGGCUUUUGGUUCCAACCACCCGUGUGCUCUAACUGGGGGUGCUGGGGAGGGCCCUGGCGCCCACCCCCUCCAGGAUUCCGGAAGUUCCCCUGCCCGGUGCAACUGUUUCGGGUGUAUGGCCUGCACCCUCUCUGCUUUUGCUGCUGCUCCUGCUGGAGCGGGUCCUGGAACCCUGGCUGGGUGAGGCCCCCAGGCAGGAAGAAGCGCUGGGGCCGCAGAGGCCGCGGCCUGCGCCACCACCCUCGCCGCUCCUCCCCGCGGAGCCCGCCAGCGGAUGUGAGCACGCUGCCGCGGCCGGUCAAGCUGUAUGAGUGGAGAGAGCCUGGCAUGCGAGCGCCGCCCAACACCACCCAAUUCAUCAUGAACCAGAUCUACGAGGACAUGAGGCAGCAGGAGAAGGUGGAGCGUCAGCAGGAGGCGCUGCGGGCGCAGAAGGCCACGGUGAGCGGCGAGGCCUCCCCAGCCAGAUCCUCCGGAAACGACGCGCCCCCUGGCGGCAGCAAGGAAACCUGGGGACUGCAGGAAACUCUGUAUGGCUUUGUGCAGAAUCCCUCUCUAGCGUUCAGUCCCAACCCAGAGGAAAACCAGUCUCUUGCCCCGCUGCUGGUGGAAGAAGAGGAGGAGAAGAAAAAUGAUGAUGAGGAGGAGUAUGACCAGGAGGUGUGUGAUGCAAAGGAGGCGAGCGAGGAGGAAGAAGAGGUCGAAGAUGAGGAAGAAGAGGUCGAAGAGGCUGAAUAUGUGGAGGAGGGAGAGGAGGAGGAAGAGGAGGAGCUGGAAGAGGAAGAGGAGGUCCUGGAGGAGAACGAGCAGAGAGGGGAAGAAUUUCACUUGCCUCUGGAAAUGCCUUUAUCAAUCUUCAUAGAGGCUGAAGAAAAGAGAGAGAACUUUAUAAGCUGCACUUUUUUAAACCCAGAGCAGAUAAUUCCCAAAGUGCCACAGGAAUCCCUGUUCAUGGCACAGGACUUUAACUGUUAGACAUCAGAAAAGGGAUUGAGAAAAGGGAUGGAACUGAUUUGAGGCUAAACUGGAUUAGCAAUUUAUUAAAAACUGAUUAAAAAUGCUAUGGAUCUUCCUCAGAAGAACAUGAAGUUGCUUCUGUGGAACUGGUUAUCUGCCAUGGCCUCAACAAUCCAUAAUCCAGUCAUGGAGAGGAUUCCCCAUGGUCAGAAGUCAACUUGCACAUCUAGUUAAAGUCCAAGGUAACUGCAAGCAAUGGAACAUGGCUUAGGUUUUGAAGCCUCGUUAUUGGAUAUAGUCUUUAUCCUAAGUUCUGAGGAGCCAUAAAAAUAGUUUUCCAGAAUGGAUUUUUUUUUUUUAGAUAAAAAGAUUAUCUACCUUUUGGGGGUGGAAUAUCUUAUUUUGUUUUUGAAUUUGUCUUUGUUAUAAAGAAGAGUAAAACAAAGAUGUGUAAGUGUGAGUCUGUGUGAGCUAGUUUCUGAUGUCUAAACAGCAAUUACCUAUGGAGAAUACAUCAUUCAAAAUAAUAGCUUUUGUUCAAACAUUUUUAGGAAGUAAUAAUACAUAUCCUCCCGGACAGUUGAUAAAAGUUCCAUCCAUAGCAUAUUUCCAGAAUAUCCCUAGAUGAUGAAUUUAAACACGCCUUCUCAGAAAUUAAAUCUUUUGACUUUGAACCACAAGUUAGCAUUUAUUUGUUGAAGAGAAGAAUGUGUGGUGAUGUCUUACCUGAAUGUUGGUUGUUACUGAUAUAUUACAAUUUUCAAGGUGAUAAGCUUGAGCUAUUAAAUAAUAAAAAGUAUUAAAGUAC